GCCCGGCAAACCAGAGAUCCAGCAGGCCAGCACGGCAUCCACCACCCGACCCAAAACCGCGAGCACCCAUCUCUCCGGUGCCGACGCUUACCGCGGCUUGGCAAGUUCGAUUGGGUAGGCGGAAGCUAGGGUUUAGUUCUUGGUUUCCGCGGAGCGACAGGGGCGGAGGCGAUGGCGUCGGCCGACGAGGAGAUCGCGGUGAAGGAGCCGCUGGAUCUGAUUAGGCUCAGCCUCGACGAGCGCAUCUACGUCAAGCUCCGGUCCGACCGCGAGCUCCGCGGCAAGCUCCAUGCAUAUGAUCAGCACUUGAACAUGAUCCUGGGAGAUGUUGAGGAGAUUGUAACAACUGUUGAGAUCGACGAUGAAACAUAUGAGGAAAUUGUGCGAACAACCAGGCGUGCCAUCCCCUUCCUUUUUGUCCGAGGCGAUGGUGUCAUAUUGGUCUCCCCGCCUCUGCGAACGGCGUGAGCCAUGAAGUUUGACGGGGGAUCCUGCUGAUGGUCGACUAUGAGUAGUGUGCGUUUGGUUAGCAGAUGACAUGGGUUGUCUGUCAUCUGCUGCAGUAUCACUGUUGGACUGUAGGGUUUUUAGCCUGUGAUGAUACAAUUGUGUAACAACUCCCUGUGUUUGGAACUCGUCUGACUGAGGUGCCCGUUUCUUCUAUGCAAUGUCAAACUAAUAUAUUGGUGUGUUUUUUCCGGAAA